AAACUAGUUGCUUAUUAAAUGAAAACUCUUCUCAACUCUUUCAUUCAUCAUCUAUUUUCUUCAAAAAAGAAAGAAAAAAAUGGCAGAGAAGAUCUUGAUCAUCGGUGGAACAGGAUACAUCGGGAAAUUCGUAGUUGAAGCGAGUGCAAAAUCUGGGCACCCCACUUUUGCUCUGUUGAGAGAGGCCACCCUCUCUGAUCCAGCCAAAGCCCACCUCGUCGACAGCUUCAACAAACAUGGUGUCACCCUCUUAACUGGUGAUCUGACGGAUCACGAGAGCUUGGUGAAGGCUAUAAAGCAAGUGGAUGUGGUUAUAUCAACCGUGGGCUUCAUGCAAAUUGCUGAUCAAUAUAAGAUCAUUGAUGCAAUCAAGGAGGCUGGAAAUGUCAAGAGGUUCUUACCAUCGGAAUUCGGAAACGACAUUGACAGGAGCCGUGCAGUGGAUCCCAUAAACCAGAAUUUCCAGCUGAAGGUGCAGCUUCGGAGAGCGAUUGAGGCGUCCGGCGUUCCUUACACCUUCAUCGUUUCCAACAUAUUUUCCGGCUACGCACUCACCAAUUUGCUGCAGUUGGGCGCCACUUCCCCGCCCCGGGACAAGCUAGUCAUCCCCGGAGAUGGAAAUGUUAAAGCCGUGUUCAACGCGGAACCUGACAUCGGAACAUACACCAUCAAAGCCGCGGUUGAUCCGAGAACUUUGAACAAGAUCGUCUACAUCAAGCCCGCACACAACAUCUACUCAUUCAACGAGCUCGCUGCUUGCUGGGAGAAGAAGAUCGGCAACACCCUCGAGAAAAUAUACGUCCCCGAGGACCAACUCCUUAAGCAGAUCGAAGAGUCGCCUAUGCCCGUGAACGUGAUCUUGUCGAUCAACCACUCCGUAUUCGUCAAGGGCGAUCAGACCUACUUCGAGAUCGAUCCGGCUGUUGGGGUCGAGGCCUCCCAGCUGUAUCCCGAUGUCAAGUACACAACCGUGGAUGAGUACCUCAACCAGUUUGUGUAGUUUAUUCACAACUUUGGUCGGGUAUUCAUUGUUGCGUGGGGUGUGUUUUGUGCUCGCAAUGUGUUCUGUUUUACUUAUUAACGUUUAUGUAAUGUAAGGGUAUACUAUGAUUUAGUGAAAUAAAUGGGUAAUGAUUUCUGGGUAUCAA